CCGUCGCACGUAACGCACGUUGCAGCGGAAUUACUUGGCUCUGAUUCUGGUUCGGAUCGGGAUUCGUUAUAAGUUUGGGUUUCGGCUUUUGUCGGCGUCUCGGUGUUUCGGAUUUCUCGGUCGGUUGGGUCCGCUUGAUCGGUUGGCCAACUGCAAACUCAGCGGUUUUUCGAGGCCCUGCAUUCGGCAGUUGUGAUUGAUGGACUGCAGUUUGCUUGCCUGAACUCUGAACUCUGACCUCAGAACGAAAGCCUAGACAAUCAAAUUCUGUGACUCCAAACGGGCACUUUUUAUGACGGUCCCUUGACCGAUUCUUAAAAACAUCAACGCAGGAAUAUAUCAAAUAAAAAAGUUCAAUUUCGCUUUUUUUGUUGCCGGUUUUCGGUUUUUCGCAUUUCGUAUUUCGCAUUUCUUGAGCUUGUCGACGUCGUGUGCGCGGUCUUCAUAAAUUAUACAAGAGUGAAUUUUGCGAACGACUUGCAAAUAAAUAAGCAUUUACGCUUUUAUUAUUGCCCGGCGUGUUGUGUGCUGUUGUUGUUGGUGGUGAAGAGUGUGUGUUUUUUGGAGCAGGAGUUCUGCGGAAAUCGCUCCCAUGUGGCGCAAAAGCGGAGGAAUAAAAUAAAACCGAACCAAGGGUUCUCCACUUAAAAAAUCAUUUUUGCAUACAAUCAACAUCUAGCCAUAAAAGUGUGUUCGUUCGUCGUCCCCAUAAAUAUUUCGGGAUCCGCUGCUCUGAUUUGUGUGCGCUGAUAAGCCGGUGAUUGCAAGGCAUAAAAAUCCAGCAACGAGUACGAGCCGAGUUCGAAAAAACCACCAUAAAGAUAUCUCAAGCAGAAAAUGUCCAACAGUCUAGGUGGCAACGCGGCGUAUACUUAAUCUUGUCAAGGGGACAAAACUCAAGGCUAAAACAAACAUGAACUGCCUUUGUCGCCCGUCACGGAUUAUGUCCGUGCGCAUUAAUUUGCUGGAUGAAACCGAGUUUAUACACGAGAUCAAGGAUGAUUUGCCGGGCCAGGCUCUGCUGGAUGUCGUCUUUGCCAGGCUCAAUUUAAUCGAGACCUCAUACUUUGGCAUACGUUAUAUAGACGAGGAGAAUCAGACGCACUGGCUGGAUCCUGCGUCUCGUAUUUCGCGACAACUCAAGCCCAAGUCGGACCCAUAUGACUUGUAUUUCGGCGUCAAGUUCUAUGCUGCUGAUCCCUGUAAGCUGCUAGAGGAAAUAACUAGGUAUCAACUUUUUCUGCAAGUCAAACAGGAUGUUCUGCAGGGACGACUGCCUGUGGCCUUUGAACUCGCCGCCGAACUCGGAGCCUUUGUGGUGCAAUCCGAGUUGGGUGACUAUGAUCAGCGGCGCCACUCGAAAGGCUAUGUGUCCGAAUUCCGACUUCUGCCAAACCAGAGCAACGAGCUGGAAACCCGCGUCUCUGAACUCCAUCAGCAGCUAAAGGGAAUGUCGCCCUCCAGUGCCGAACUUAACUAUCUGGACAAAGUCAAAUGGCAUGAUAUGUACGGCGUGGAUUUGCAUCCCGUUCUGGGCGAGGACAGCGUGGAGUAUUUCCUGGGCUUAACUCCUAGCGGGAUUGUCGUGCUGCGCAACAAGACGACGGUGGCUCAUUACUAUUGGCCGCGCAUUGCCAAAGUUUAUUAUAAAGGACGCUAUUUUAUGCUCAGGAUAAGCGAUAAAAAUAAUGAGCUGAGCACCUACGGAUUCGAGACGCCUCGCAAAUCGGCCUGCAAACAUUUGUGGCGAUGCUGCGUGGAGCAUCAUGCUUUUUUCAGACAGGUGCGAGUGGCCCCUUUGCCCAGUUCGCAGUCGCAUGCCGCCGAUUUGUUCCAACUGGGAUCGCGCUUCAGGCACAGUCGCCCGGACAAGCUUACGGAGAAGGAUGCACUUUCCGCCGGACGAUCGCCGCCUGCCUUUACCCGUACUCCUUCAAAACGCCAGCCGCGCCGCGUGAUUGAUGACUUUUUUAACAGCCAAAGCAGUGGCAAUGAAAAUGGAAAUGGAGUGGCAGCAUUAGGUGGAGGAAGCCACAUGGGCAACAGACCUCUUCCUCAACCCGGAAUGGGCACCAUCUCCAACAACUACGACAGUCCCUACCGCUCCACGUAUAGUAUACCCACCAGUUUGGGGAUCAGGCCCUGCCAUCAGCAGCAGCAGCAGAACAACAACUCCAGCAGCUACAACAACAACAGUGGGAGCAACCUGCAAACACCUGACUCACCGCGAAGCACACGAAGUGCUCCCUGGCCCCGAUCCCAGCAAAGAUCGCUGUUCGGCCACAAUCCUUCGAGCCCGCGAUCCGUGAGAUCUGCCAGCACAGCGGGUGGCGGACUGCACCACCAUCACAGCCACCACAGCCAUGGCCACGGCACCAGCCACCAUCCACACCACCAAUCCUCCGCGGCGGCGGCCACCUCCUCAUCAUCAUCGCACCACCAACACCGGCAGCAGAGGGCCAGCUCCUCAUCCGCUUCGCAUCAGCAGCAAAGAUACCGCUCCAGUUCCGUCGAGAGCCACUCCUCCAACGACUCAAGGUCCACAAGAACACAUAAGCACCGCCAUCGUCGCACUUCUGACAAUGAAAGCGAACUUUCAAGAGGAUCCGGUCGCUCUGGAAGAUCGGGACGUUCGCAUCAUAGAAAGCAUCGCAGGUCGCAUCGGCAUCGACGAGAUUCGGCUGGAGGAUCGGAUCAUGAUAGCACCCGUGGGCGCAGUUACUCCGGUCAUCGAAGCUCCUCGAUGAGGAGUGGUAGUGCUGAGCUUAUUGACUCCACCUCGCAAUGGAGGGAGGUUCAAAGGCGCCAGGCCGAGGCCAGUUUGGGCCAGAGUUCCGUUCAACAGGCGGCAGUUUCCAAGAGCAGCAUGGUGGCCAGGAGCCUUCACAGCAACGAUAGUCAUUCGGAUACCCAUUCGCAUCACAAGUCCAGAAGGCAUCGCAAGAACAAAUCCCCAUCGGAAUCACGCAGUCGCAUGUGGAAUAGCGAAUUGGCGAAGCACCUGCAAUUCGAUCUGGUGGACACGGAGGGCAUGUCGGAGCAGCAGCUGCGCGAGAUUCCCUACACGGUGGUGGAGACCACCUCCAAGAGGUCCAACUCCAACCUGAAGAUCCACAAGAGCAACAGCAAGAGUAGUGUGGGAGCCAAGAGCACGGGUUCGGGCAACACCAUCACCAAUGGCAGUGGUUCAGGGAACACGGGUCAGGCCAGGAAUCGUGUCGAUCGAAUAAGAGGACUUUACUAUCAAAGCUCGCAUCCGCACGAUACUAAUGGAGGAACUGGAACUGGAGGACAAGCACCCAAAAACGGAUCCAUACGAUCGGCCAGUACGAUUUCUUCUAGGGAGUGCGAACGGAAUAAUGGUUUAGUUAGAAUGAUGUCUAGUAUGAGCAUGGGUGAUUUUAUCUCGCCCACUGGCUCCAAUCUAAGUCCUUUGGAGAACUCAGCGUUGAGAGUUUCCCAUGAGCACACUGACUCAGGUCUGGGAGCAGAUCAGGACUAUGCUUAUUCAUCGGAAAGAUCCAGCGACAGCACACGCUAUGGCACCAACAAAUCGUCGGGCGCCUCGAGCGGAUCGCACCGGAAGUCAGGCGGCAGUGCCGGCGGCAACUACAACAACCUGAUGCAGCAGACCGUGAGUAACCAGCAGCAGCAGCAGCGCUCGCUGUUCGCCCAACAGCAGCGCCAGCAGCAGCAGCAGAAGAGCACCUACAAAUCGCCAUCGGCCACUAACCCGGGCAGCCAGAGCUCCUCGGGACUGGCGCCUGUCCACAAUCCGAGCAACCCCAGUCAACAUCCCCACAACGCUACUAACUCUAAUCACCAGUCGCCGGCCAAUCGCCUGCUCCACUACACGACCUUUGAGAACAACCAGUACAAGUUCAGUCUGAACAAUGCACUGGCCAAGAGUUCCAGGGGUUUGAUGAGUGGUGGAGGAGGCAGCAUUAGCAAUCUUGCCGGGAAUGUGUUGACAUCUAGUAUCGGUGGUGGUCCAGGUUCAGGUUCUCAAGGUGGUGGUGGUGCUUUCAGCCGGCAACGCAGCUUUGUGGAGUGGCCCAGCAAUCCGGCCUCGCCGUAUUACUACCAAGGUCCUUCGACUCAAGUGGCGCAGGUUAAGCGGCGGGAUGCCAAGUCGGACAUUGGGGUGCCCACGAGGCGGCUCUCUGGGCAGAGUUUGACCAAGACGCAGCUGCUCACGGGCGGCGGGCAGUCGCAGUUGACCAAUGCGGGCUGCUAUCCCUUGCACUAUGCCAGCAGCAAUGUUUCAGGAGUGGGCCACAAUCGUCCACUGGGUCAGAGGUCGGGGGGCAGUGGUUCCUCCGCCGGAGGAGGAGGGGGUUUCGGACUUCAGCCUGCCAAAUCAGAUCUCUUCUUGUCCUACAUACACGGGGCGGAGUACGAAAGGCCCUACAUAUACAACUACAAGAUGCCACAGAUGCCGGGUGGCGGCGGAGCAGGGGGUUCCCCGAAACAACAAACCACCGCUUACCACAUUUCUGGAUCACAGACCGCAGAUCCGCCGCCACCGCCUCCGCCACUUUAUGGCGGCACGGCGCCCGCCAACGAUGUCAUGUACUAUCAGUUUGACAAAGGAACCGCCGGCGCUCCUCCUCCUGCGACGACGACGACGUCAUCGCCGCCCAUUGUCCAGCAGCCGCGGCAAACGGGCGGUCCAUUAGUGUAUCUGCAACAUGGCCAGAAUGUUGUAGCUGCCUCCGAGGUGCAGCAGCAAACUAGCGCAAUUCCAAAGCCCGUCGACCAUACCCCUGCAGUAGGAGUGAACUGUUCCUCCAAUCCGCCGCCCACUGCAUUCUGCAAACUUUGGUUGCAGCAACAGCAGCAGCAGCAAAAUCAGGCAUCCCAGCAGCAACAGCAGCUACAUCAACUCUCGCAGCAGCAACAGCAACAGCUCUACGAACAGCAGCAGGCAUGGCUCUAGAAAAGAAUAAACACGCACAACAUGUAAGUGGAAAGUUAAAUGGAAACUACAUGCGGGCCAAAAUCAACAGAAGAGCAGAACAGAAGAACUACAAUAAACAACAUUUAAAAGCCGCCGGGGCAAAAGUUGGUCUAAAACUUUUCACCAGCAACGUUGCGUUUGCAAAUUAAAUGCACAUUAUGCCAACAUGUAAAUAGAUAAUGAUGUAUAUAAGUAAGUUUGGGUAAAAGAACUUAAUCGUAAAAGAGGAAACGAAGUAAUCUUAAGACGCGAAUAAUCAAAAAGCCAAAAAAGCAAAUGUAUCUCACAGAUAAACAACAGCAAUUGGGGGCCUCUUGAAUGAAAGCGAAAGAAAGCAUAAAAGCAAAAAUAAAUUGUGCGUUAAUGAUAAGCGGGGCACAUUUCAGCAGCAUAAAAUUUAUUAAAAUAUGCGCACAAGCCAGACAACGCGAAAAACUUAGGCGGAAAAGCCAGGCCCCCAAAAAAUAGGCAGCACAAAACAGGCGCACGCAAGCACACACAGACACAAAAAGGACUGGCCGGAAAUCGUUGGCGAUAAAUAUAAAAUUUUAUUGUUGUGCUUCGUAUCUCUUCGAAUGUGUGUGAGUGUGUGUGUGUGUGCGCCUGGAAGUAAAUUAAAUAUACGUUUUUAUUAACUACUAAGAACCAAUUUGAUACGCAUUUAAAUAAUGCCUCUUACACAAGAGCCCACACAAGAUUAUGUAAAAUUUAAUUUUACUGCAGCCGGAAGCAGCAGCAACGAGAAAAGCCAAAUAAAUGUAGUAGCCUUUAUGUGUAUGUAAUUUAAAUAAAAUAUAUUCGUAAAAGGAUCCUCUAGUUGUAGCCCCAAACAACUUACUUACUUAUGCCAACAACGUCCAACAAUUUCAAUAAUACUUACGUAAGCGAAAAAAUUUUGACCAUAUAUGUACGUUAUGCCCAAUUUAGCUUAGUUUAAUCAUUUGCUACUAAUUUAAGUCUCACCGUCCGUUGGUUGGCCUCUUCUUUCUUAUGUGACUUUUAAACUGUGUAAAUAUCCCUACUAUUAAUAAUAUUACUCAACAAUUUGUGUGGUCAGACUAGAGCUAACGAGUAAAAACGAAUACAGAAUGCAUAUGAAAUAUUAUCGAAUAAACACUUUUACAAUCUACUGCAUAUUGGUGUAAACUGUAAACGAAACCUAAUUAUAUACGAUUAAUUGUCUCUAACAAGAUUUUACCAUGAGUGUGUCACUUUUAUAUAUACAUCUAAAAUAUACAAUAAAAUUACAACUAAAAAAUAAACUGCAAGCGACGUUUUAUACAAACAUCAA